UCCUACAGGAACCAGUAAACAAAAUUCUUUUUUAGGCAAAAUGGCCGGCGUUGAUUCAACUGACGAUUCUCUCUAUCCAAUAGCUGUUCUGAUAGAUGAAUUAAGAAAUGAAGAUGUGCAGAUACGCCUUGUUAGUAUUAAAAAGCUGUCGACAAUAGCAUUAGCACUUGGUGUUGAGAAAACAAGAAGUGAACUUAUUCCAUUUUUAACAGACACAAUCUAUGAUGAAGAUGAAGUUUUAUUAGCACUUGCAGAGCAGUUGGGACAGUUAACUCCCCUGGUUGGAGGGCCAGAAUAUGUACAUUGUUUGUUGCCACCAUUAGAGAGUUUGGCCACUGUAGAAGAAACAGUUGUACGUGACAAGGCUGUAGAAUCUCUCAGGACUAUAGCAGCACUACAUAGUCCUGCUGAUUUAGAGAACCAUUUUGUUCCUCUUGUAAAAAGAUUAUCUGGAGGUGAUUGGUUUACAUCCAGAACUUCAGCAUGUGGUCUGUUCUCAGUAUGUUAUCCAAGAGUGUCAAACUCAGUAAAAGCAGAACUUAGACAACACUUCAGAAAUUUAUGUGGUGAUGAUACCCCUAUGGCUAGGAGAGCUGCUGCUGGUAAGCUUGGAGAAUUUGCUAAAGCUGUAGAACUGGAUAUACUCAAGUCAGAUCUCAUCCCAUUGUUUACUGCUCUAGCACAGGAUGAACAGGACUCUGUGAGACUAUUGGCCGUAGAAGCUUGUGUCAGUAUAGCAUCUUUAUUACAAGCAGAAGAUACAGAACAGUUUGUUAUGCCCACUCUUAGACAGGCUGCAGAGGAUAAAUCAUGGAGAGUCAGAUAUAUGGUAGCAGAUAAAUUCACCGAGCUACAAAAGGCUGUUGGUCCAGAAAUCACAAAGACAGACUUAGUGCCAGCUUUCCAGGGUUUACUGAAGGAUUGUGAGGCAGAGGUUAGAGCUGCAUCUUCUCAUAAGGUCAAAGAAUUUUGUUCCAACCUGUCUCCUGAUAUCAGAGAAUCUGUGAUUAUGACAAACAUUUUACCUUGUGUCAAAGAUCUAGUGUCCGAUGCCAACCAACAUGUCAAGUCAGCAUUAGCCUCAGUGAUCAUGGGGCUGUCCCCAAUUCUAGGAAAGGACAACACAAUAGAACAUUUAUUGCCAUUGUUCCUGACACAGUUGAAAGAUGAAUGUCCUGAAGUUCGAUUAAAUAUCAUCUCAAACUUGGACUGUGUAAAUGAGGUCAUUGGUAUCAAACAGUUAUCCCAGAGUUUAUUGCCAGCCAUUGUAGAACUAGCAGAAGAUACCAAAUGGAGAGUUAGAUUAGCUAUCAUUGAAUACAUGCCAUUGCUAGCUGGACAGUUGGGAGUAGAAUUUUUUGAUGAGAAAUUAAAUUCACUUUGUAUGACGUGGCUGGUUGACCAUGUUUUUGCAAUCAGAGAUGCAGCUACAUUAAAUUUAAAGAAACUGGUAGAAAAAUUUGGAGUAGACUGGGCACAACAAACAGUUAUACCAAAAGUAUUACAGAUGUCACAUGAUCAGAAUUACUUACACAGGAUGACAUGUCUUUUCUGUAUAAAUUUACUGGCAGAAGCUGUAGGACCAGAAAUGACAGUUAAACUUAUGUUACCCACCAUCCUUGGAAUGGCAGGUGAUAAUGUCGCCAAUGUUAGAUUUAAUGUUGCCAAAACUCUACAGAGAUUAGGUCCCAUCUUUGAGCAGUCACUUGUACAACAGCAAGUGAAGCCAGCAUUAGACAAAUUGAAAGCCGAUGCAGAUAUUGAUGUACAGUACUAUGCUGUAGAAGCUUUAGAAGAUCCUUGCAUGCUGGUUGCCUAUGGUUUAUAAGCACUGAAAAUAAGUUAAAAGAUAUUCGUUGUAAUGUUGCAGAGGUCUAUAUAUAUAUGUGAUGUUACCCUGUGCUAUGGACUGUGAACACUUCUAGAACAAUUUGUGUUAUCAGCACUUUAAUGAACAAAACAAUUCAUAAUAUUUUAAUGUUAUCUGUUUAGUAUAGUGAAUGGACAUAUUUUGUGAAUUUUCAAUACAGGAAUUGACAAUAAGUUAAAAUCAAUUUGAAUUUUAUUUUUAACCCUAUUUUUUAAUUGUUUUAUGUUUAUUCAAGUCUAAAUUACUUCAUUAUAUUUACUGUGAGGAUCAUAGGCAGAAAUUUCCUGCAUGUACAAUUAACAGUCAUAUUCUGAUUAACAAAAUGUUGAUACUUGAUAUAUAAUUAUCAGAGUCCAACACAGAAUUGAUCUUCUUAUUUUUCUAUGUUGUGUGAUUCAGCCAUUAUUUUAGUGCUUCAUACAAGAUGUAAUUAAAAAUCCAUGCUUCUGCAGACAGUUUACCAGAGACUUGCUCAAUACUUGGGUCAAUAUCAGUACAAGCAUAUUCUAAGUUUAACAAAAUUUGAUUAAAUAUAUAUUUGUUGUAUUAAAGUAUAUAAAGCUGUUUAAUUAAAACAUGAAUCUACAGACUGAAUCAUGAAUCAUACAACUCAUACUUACAAAAAAUUUACAUAGUUAUUUAUUUGACAGUAUGUAGACAUUGAGAGCUAUUAAAUAUUGAUUUAUAUAACAA